CUCAAGGCACCGGGGGGCCAAGACCAGGCUGAGGCGUCUGCAGCUGGGGGACAGCAGUCGGGGACAGAGGACGCCAAGGAAAAGUGAGAGCAGAAGCUUGGGGCUGAGCAAAAGAGCCCCACUCGCGGCUUUUACGCAGGCUGGGGACUCCAUUUAUUCCUUCCGGGCGGGCCGGGUAAGUGCUACGUCAGCUUUAGGUGACCAGACGACGCUACUGCCCCUUAAGUCGACUAGAGUCCUCAGCACCUGCCUAGGGCUCCAGGAGAGGCUGUGGUCAUGGUGAAUGAAGAGCCUAACCAGCAAGAGCGUGAUGGCACCCCUUCGCAGACUUCCGCCCUCGGGGAGAUCCCCAGCCUCUCGGCCCAUCCCAGCGUCUCAGCCCAUCCCAGCGUCUCCAUCCACCCUAGUGUCUCUGCGCACCCCAGUAGUUCGGCCCACCCCAGUACCUUGGCUCAGCCCAGUGGUUUGGCCCACCCCAGUAGCUCGGGCCCUGAGGACCUUAGCGUGAUCAAGGUGAGCAAGCGCCGAUGGGCUGUGGUGCUGGUGUUUAGCUGCUACUCCAUGUGCAACGCCUUCCAGUGGAUCCAGUACGGCUCCAUCAAUAACAUCUUCAUGAACUUCUACGGGGUCAGUGCCUUUGCCAUCGACUGGCUGUCCAUGUGCUACAUGCUGACCUACAUUCCUCUGCUCCUGCCGGUGGCCUGGCUCCUGGAGAAGUUCGGCCUGCGCACCAUCGCCCUCACCGGCUCCGCUCUCAACUGCUUGGGGGCCUGGGUGAAGCUGGGCAGCCUGAAGCCACAUCUCUUCCCAGUCACCAUGCUGGGCCAGGUCAUCUGCUCCGUGGCCCAGGUCUUCAUCCUGGGCAUGCCCUCCCGCAUUGCUUCUGUCUGGUUCGGGUCUAAUGAGGUGUCAACAGCCUGCUCCGUAGCUGUCUUUGGCAAUCAGCUUGGAAUUGCCAUUGGGUUCUUGGUCCCUCCUGUCUUGGUACCCAACAUCAAAGACAAGGACAAGCUUGCCUACCACAUCAGCAUCAUGUUCUACAUAAUAGCAGGUGUGGCCACUCUGCUUUUCAUCCUUGUCAUCAUCGUAUUCAAGGAGAAGCCUAAACAUCCCCCCAGCAGGGCCCAGUCCCUAAGCUAUGCCUUGGCGUCCCCUGAUGCUUCAUACUUAAGUUCCAUCGUCCGACUCUUCAAAAACCUCAACUUUGUGCUGCUUAUCGUCACCUAUGGUCUGAAUGCUGGUGCUUUUUAUGCCUUGUCCACUCUGCUGAAUCGCAUGGUGAUCUUGCACUACCCGGGCGAAGAAGUGAAUGCUGGAAGAAUCGGCCUGACCAUUGUCAUUGCAGGAAUGCUUGGGGCUAUGAUCUCAGGCUUCUGGCUGGAUAGGACCAAAACCUACAAGGAGACAACUUUGGUGGUCUAUAUCAUGACUCUGGUGGGCAUGGUGGUUUACACAUUGACCUUGAACCUGGGACACCUGUGGGUAGUGUUCAUCACGGCUGGUGCAAUGGGCUUCUUUAUGACUGGCUACCUCCCGCUGGGAUUUGAGUUUGCUGUGGAGCUGACAUACCCAGAAUCAGAAGGCAUGUCGUCUGGCCUCCUCAACGUGUCUUCCCAGGUAUUCGGGAUCAUCUUCACCAUCUCCCAGGGCCAGAUUAUCGACAACUAUGGAACCAGGCGUGGGAACAUCUUCCUGUGUGUGUUCCUCACCCUUGGAGCAGUCCUUACUGCAUUCAUUCGGGCAGAUCUCCGGAGGCAGAAAGCAAACAAAGAAACUCCUGAGAAUAAACCCCCGGAGGAGGAGGAGGAGGAGGAGGAGGAGAGCAAAGCCAGCAGAGCCCCCACUAGUGUAUUGGAGGAGCAUCUCUGAGAGAGAAAGGUGGUGGGACUCAGGGAACACGGACCACGCCCACCUCUUCAGCCAGCACAGCUCUCCCUGCCAGCACCGCGGG